CAGAAAAUCACAAUGUCAUCACCCUUCACUAUUGCCACUUUUUUCCUCUUGUUUUUACUCACUGCAUUAAGCGAUGCUAACCAAUCCCUUGCAAAAAAGCAGAGAAACCCUAAUUCACUGGUUCUAGGCCUGACUCAUUCAAGGGCCUUUUAUCCCUCUAUGAAAAUCUCUGAUAAUGGUUUGACAAAGAAACCAUCAGAGAUGAUAGACAUGAUGGAGCCACUGAGAGAAGUUAGAGAUGGUUAUCUAAUAUCUCUAAAUUUAGGGACGCCUCCAAAGGUCAUCCAAGUGUAUAUGGACACUGGGAGUGACCUGACUUGGGUUCCUUGUGGGAACCUAUCUUUCGAUUGCAUGGAUUGCGAUGACUAUAGGAAUAAUAAGCUAAUGUCUACUUAUUCUCCUUCUUAUUCCUCUUCAUCCCUUAGAGACCUUUGUGUUAGCCCCCUCUGCAGUGAUGUCCAUAGCUCCGAUAACUCUUAUGAUCCAUGCGCUGUAGCUGGAUGCUCAUUAAGUACUCUUGUCAAAGGCACAUGUCCUCGACCAUGCCCAUCAUUUGCUUACACUUAUGGUGCUGGAGGGGUCGUCAUUGGAACACUCACUAGGGAUACCCUUACGACUCAUGGGAGUAGCCCUAGCUUUACACGGGAGGUUCCAAAUUUUUGUUUUGGUUGUGUUGGGUCCACUUACAGGGAGCCAAUUGGGAUUGCAGGGUUUGGUAGGGGUGUACUUUCUCUCCCUUCACAACUAGGGUUUCUUCAGAAGGGCUUCUCUCACUGCUUCUUGGGGUUCAAGUUUGCAAACAACCCCAAUAUUUCAAGCCCAUUAGUCAUAGGAGAUCUUGCAAUUUCUUCCAAUGACCAUUUGCAGUUCACUUCACUGCUGAAGAAUCCCAUGUACCCUAACUACUACUAUAUUGGUCUAGAGGCUAUAACGGUGGGCAAUGCCACUGCGAUUCAGGUGCCUUCAAGCCUGAGGGAGUUUGAUUCACAUGGCAAUGGGGGUAUGAUAAUUGACUCAGGAACUACUUAUACUCACCUACCCGGGCCUUUCUACACACAACUUCUUUCGAUGCUCCAGUCAAUAAUAACGUACCCCCGAGCCCAGGAACAAGAGGCACGAACUGGUUUUGAUCUUUGCUAUAGAAUCCCAUGUCCAAACAAUGUUAUUACAGAUCAUGAUCAUCUUCUUCCUUCAGUCACCUUCCAUUUCUCCAACAAUGUUAGUCUUGUUUUGCCCCAAGGGAACCAUUUCUAUGCCAUGGGAGCUCCAAGCAACUCCACUGUGGUGAAAUGCCUGUUGCUCCAAAACAUGGAGGAUAGCGACUCUGGACCAGCUGGGGUGUUUGGGAGCUUCCAACAGCAGAACGUGAAGGUUUUGUAUGACUUGGAGAAGGAGAGAAUUGGUUUCCAACCAAUGGACUGUGCUUCUGUUGCGGCUUCUCAAGGAAUUAUACACAAAACAUAAUUUCUUUUCCGAACGGUGGUUCAUGGUGGUUCUUGCUGUUACUACAUAGUGCGUUUUUGGGAUCAAUGAUCAACUGAAAAAGUGCACACAGCAUCUACUCAUGGCAGUUCUUUGGGCUUCAAUAAUGUCUUUCUUUCUAUCUUGUCUAAUCUGGCAGUUCUUUGGGCUUCAAUAAUGUCUUUCUUUCUAUCUUGUCUAAUCUUCGAUGAACUUGGUUGGCAGUAGGGUUUUGUUUCUUUAUGGAACUUGAUGACUUUCGUCAUGUUUGGUUUUGGAUUAUGAAGAAAGUGAGUUGGAUGUAUUCUUCCUCUUAA